ACCCAGUCACGUCCAUCUCUGCUCUCCAUUCAUCCGAGUCACGCAGUGAUAGAGGGAACCUGAAGGACACAAAAAGAAACAAGGCAAGUGUCUUUAACACCAAAACUCACAUCCACUCCACAAGUGUCCACACUUUAUGAAACGGUCACUAGCAGAGAAAAGGACAUAUGUGAAGGACAAUAAGCUGUGUUAUGGCUGUUUGAAGCAAGGCCACAGUGCAAGGGACUGUCGACGCCGCCUCACAUGUGACACUUGUUUGAAAAGGCACCCUACCUGCCUUCAUGAUGACGGUUACAUCAAAGACACAAAGGGAGAAAGGCACGUGAGUGUAGAAAAUGCAUCACAAAGCAAUAUAUCAGAGAUAACCACUGCUGUGUCACUCAAUGUUGCUAGAGAUGGACAGACUGCCAGUACUUCAAUGAUUGUGCCAGUGUGGGUGUCAUCUAAUGCAAACCCAUAUAACGAAAAACUUGUCUAUGCCUUAUUAGACACUCAAAGCGACACUGCUUUCAUUGAUCAAGAACUGUGUCAUGAGCUUCAAGUGGGUGCAUGUCCAGUGAAACUGAAACUAACCACUAUGAUGGGAGAAAACGUAAUUAUAAACAGUGAAAGGGUGGCUGGCAUCCGUGUGAGAGGCUACAGCUCUGCAACGCACAUUCAACUGCCUCCUGCAUACACAAAGGAUCAUAUACCUGCCAAUCGUGAACACAUACCAACCCAGGAAACGGUAAAACGCUGGAGUCACCUAUCACCAAUCAUAGACAAAAUCCCACCACUCCUCAGUUGUGAAGUAGGACUCCUGAUAGGCUACAACUGCCCCAGAGCACUGGCACCCAGACAAGUGAUACUCGGCAAAGAAAAUGAGCCCUAUGCUGUUCAAACAGAUUUGGGGUGGAGCAUAGUUGGUGGUCUAGCUCCGCACUUUGAGACAGACAUGAUGAACAGCCUCUGCCAUCGUGUUGCCAUAAAGGAGAUCCCUCCUAUGACUCCCUUGGAUGCAAUAUGUGCAUUAGAAAGUGAUUUCAGGGAAGUCAAUGGAAAUGAUAAAACAGUGUCUCAAGCAGAACUCAUUUUCCUUGACAAACUCAGAGACGCCAUAAGAAAAAAUGAGACGGGGCAUUAUGAAAUGCCAUUACCCUUUAAGGAAAGACCAUACAUGCCUGACAACAGACAACUCGCAGAGAUCCGACUCAACCACCUCAAAAGGAAAUUCUCCCGAGAUGAAAAAUACAAGAUUGAUUACGUCAAGUACAUGAAUGACAUCAUCAAGAGAGGUGAGGCAGAAGAAGUGCAGGAUGAUGGACUUUCUGGUGAAAAGUGGUACAUACCACACCAUGGUAUUUAUCACCCAAAGAAACCUGAAAACUUGCGUGUCGUGUUUGACUGCUCAGCUAAGUAUAAAGGAACCAGUCUUAAUGAGCACCUUCUGUCCGGACCAGACAUGCUAAAUAAUCUAACUGGUGUCCUUUUACGCUUCAGACAGUAUCAAACAGCAUUAACGUGUGACAUAGAGAAAAUGUACCAUCAAUUUCAGGUCCAAAAUAGUGAUCGCAACUACCUCCGCUUUUUGUGGUGGAAAAAUGGAGACCUAAGCGCACAGCCACAAGAAUACAGGAUGACAGUACAUCUCUUUGGUGCUGCAUCCUCCCCAGGAUGUGCAAACUAUGGGCUAAAACACCUAGCCAAAGAGAACAGCCUUAUGUAUCCACUAGGUUCUCAGUUCAUAGCCAGAGACUUUUAUGUAGAUGAUGGAGUCACGAGUGUGCAGACAGUGGACGAGGGCAUGCAGCUGGCACAGGAGGCACGUGAACUGUGUGCUAAAGGUGGACUCAGGCUUCACAAGUUUGCGUCAAACGACAGUUCUGUCUUAAACAGCUUACCAGCAUCGGAACGAGCAACAAAUGUAAGAACAAAGGAUCUUGCCUUUAGUGAAACACAAACAGAGAGAGCAUUAGGUAUUCACUGGUGCAUAAAAAAGGACUGCUUCACAUUCAGCAUUGCACAGAAGGACCAACCUGCUACACGGCGUGGGAUAUUAUCCACUGUAGCAUCCAUAUAUGACCCACUAGGAUUUAUCGCCCCCUAUCUUCUCAGUGGAAAAAUAAUUUUGCAAGAGAUGUGCCGUCAAGGCACAGGAUGGGAUGACCCACUACCCCAACAUUUGAAACCACAGUGGGAGCAAUGGAGGAUGGACCUUGUCAAUCUGGAGAAAGUAAGGAUAGCCAGAUGUUACAUGCCUGAAAACUUUGGGCAGGUGGUGAAAAGGGAACUGCAUCAUUUUUCAGAUGCAAGCACCACUGGGUAUGGGCAGUGCUCCUACCUGAGAUUUUUGAAUGAGAAGGGAGAUGCUCAUUGUGCCUUCAUCAUGGGAAAAUCUCGUGUGUCUCCUUCAAAGAUCACCACCAUCCCAAGGCUGGAAUUGACAGCAGCAGCUGUCUCAGUCACAGUGAGUAACCUGUUCAGAGAAGAGCUGACUUAUGACAAUGUGGAAGAGUUCUUCUGGACAGACUCUAAAGUUGUUUUAGGAUACAUAAACAACGAAGCAAGGCGUUUUCACACCUUUGUUGCAAACAGGGUGCAAAAGAUACGCAAUAGCACAAGUCCGCAGCAGUGGUUUUAUGUCCCCACCAGUGAAAACCCUGCAGACAAUGCAUCCAGGGGAACAACAAUAAAGGAACUGCUAUCAUCCAGAUGGCUCAUGGGUCCCAAGUUCCUGUGGCAAAGGGUAAUAUGCCCUCCAGCAAAGGAAAGCAUGGAACUCCCAAUCGGAGACCCAGAAGUUAAGAAAGCUCAAACGUUGCAAACAAAGGGUAUGGAGUGUUGGAGUCUUGCUAAUCGCCUGGUAAGAUUUUCAUCCUGGUCUCAUGCUGUUAGCGCGGUGGCACGUCUCAGACGACGACUCCUAAAGGACAAAUCAGAUGCACACUCCACUGUAAGUGAGCGACAAGAUGCAGAACUUGUGAUCAUUAGAGACCUACAAAGACAAGCAUACCAGGAAGAAAUGAUGACACUAAGCAAAGGAAAUCCUUUACCAAGAAGCAAUAAGCUAUACCAUCUCGAUGUCCUUUUGGACAGAGAUGACGUGCUCAAGGUGGGAGGAAGACUGCGGUGGUCAGCCCUUCCUAGUUCAUUUAAGCAUCCAACAAUCAUCCCCAGAGAGCAUCACGUCACAAAGCUGAUAAUAGCUCACCAUCAUGAAAGGAUCAAACACCAGGGCAGAGGCUUUACUAUCAAUGAAAUUCGGGCCAAUGGCUAUUGGAUCCCAAAAAUGAGUCAAGCUGUUUCACUCUACAUUCGCCAGUGUGUGAUCUGUCGGAAACUGAGGAGACCUGUGGAAGGACAGAGAAUGAGUGAUCUUCCUAGAGAACGGGUAGAGCCCUCGCCACCCUUCAGCUAUUGUGGCAUGGAUUGUUUUGGCCCAUUCACGACUAAACAGGGACGUAAGGAACAAAAAAGAUACGGAGUGCUCUUUACAUGUUUCAGCUCUCGUGCCAUCCACAUUGAGAUGCUAGACGAUAUGUCAACUGAUGCUCUCAUCAACGGUCUGCGUUGCUUUAUUGCACUGCGAGGCUCAGUCAGACAAAUUAAGUGUGACCAGGGAACCAAUUUUGUAGGUGCCAAAAAUGAACUGAAUGCAGCUCUACAGGAAGUCGACACUAAGAGAGUGGUAACCUUCCUUGCAGAAUACCAAUGUGAUUUUGCCUUUAAUGCACCUCAUGCUAGUCAUGCUGGUGGAGUAUGGGAGCGACAGAUAAGGACUGUAAAAAGUGUUCUCAACUCCACGCUUUCACUCACUCCUGGUAGGCUCAAUGAUGCUUCUCUAAGGACUCUAUUGUAUGAAGCUAUGACAAUCGUAAACAGUCGUCCUCUUACAACAGACAAUCUGAAUGAUCCAAAUAGCUUGGAACCACUAACCCCUAACCAUCUCAUCACCAUGAAAGCGAAUGUUGCAUUACCUCCUCCUGGCAAAUUUGUCAGAGAGGACUUGUAUGGAAGAAAACGAUGGCGCCAAGUGCAGUACUUGGCAGAACAGUUUUGGAGCCGUUGGAGAAAAGAGUAUCUCCACAACAUCAUGAUCAGACAGCGAUGGCAUGCACCCAAGAGAAACCUUCAAGUGGGUGACAUAGUGAUGGACACUAAGGAAAUGCAGUCAAGAUCUUCAUGGAGACUUGGAAGAGUGUCAGAGACUGUAUCAGAUAGGGAUGGACUCGUAAGGAAAGUCAAAAUGGUAGUAGGUGAUAGAUAUCUAAACAAAAGAGGUAAGCGCAUAAACAAAAUGUCUGUUGUGGAACGUCCUGUUCACAAGCUGGUUCUCAUACUGGAAAGUUCCUAAGUCAAAGAAUGUCUACAGUGUAUGUAGUGUUAUGAAAAUGGUUGUUCUCAUGAGGAAAUCAUUUGUGUUUGAGAAGUUGUGUACAAACACUAAAUAAUUUGGUGGGAGUGUAAAUGACCCCAGUGCAUAAUGUCUUAAACGUUAUAAGGUUUGCAAUAUGUAUUUGUUAUUCUAGCUGUUCAGUCGUUUCCUGUAAAGACGGAUGUUUUAUUUUGAAAAGGAAAGAACUCUUCACAUGUGAUGUCGAAAGGUAAUGAAAGGCGUAGCAAACAGCAGUGUAAGCUAAAGGAUUGACAGGAGAGGCAAACAAAGUAAGGAGAAAUCGGGAGAGUAAACAAGGAGUUUAGCUUCAGCUGAGAGAUGGCAACAAGCUCUUACGUUGGUCUGUAUGUAAUAUAAGCUGACGAAUAAAGGACAGAGACCAUCAGUUCAGGCUUACGUUUUCUUCAGCUGGAAGCUACACAAAGC